CAAACAAAGCCAAAUAGGGAAGGAUUAGAUAUGACUGUGUGUAGAUAAAGUGUUAACUCUCUGUUAUACACAAAAGAUUGGUGGAUUGUCCAUUUAUGUGAAUUAGCCUUUGGCUUUACCACUGGUCUCUAAAACAAUCCAUGGAGAAGGCUAAUCUAUCAUGUCUGCCAUAUUAUACUUCUUCUCGUCAUGAUUAGUUCAAAGUUUCAUUUCCCAAAGACACUAAAACCAAUUUCCUUUCAACUUUUUCUUGAUCACAUCCUCAGAAUCCAAACCAAUUUACUUCUCUUACUUACUCCCUUGUUUUUCACUUUGGAGUUAUUUGUAUAGAACCCCUCCAAAAACAAUGUCCCAUAUAGUUUUUGUCUCAAUUUUUGAAAUGGAAAUUUUUUGCCUUGUUUACUAACAUCUUCAUCAUCAACCAACAUUAACAAAAUAGCUUUUAAUCUUUUUUUUUGCCCUCUUCUUCUUAUUGAUUUUCUUCUCUUCUCGACUUUUUAUUUCACUUGUACUGCAGAGUUGUAGUUGGUUGUGUAUUCACGGGAGAGGUUGUGGACUCACCGAAAAGGGAUUUGAGAGGUCACCUUAUCGUCGGAUAUGUGGAACUUUGUCUGAACAUAGAUUUGUUGAUGGAUUGAUUUUUUCCACUAGCUAGAUUUGUGGUUUAUCUACGGGUUUUCCUCAUAAAGUGGAGAGAGAUAGAGAAAGAGAAGACCGACAAAGAGGAAUUAGAGAAUAUUAGAACUAAGAUCCUAAUCCACUUGCAAAAUGGCUCGUUUGGAAAAUUUCACCCUGAUAUGAUACAAGCCCAAAAGAAAAAAACUUUCAUUUUAAAAGGUAUGAAAUAUUUAGUUUUUGGCUCAACUCUCCCAUAUUUUUCUUAAUGAAAAAUGUUAAAUCAUCCUAUAUUUGGUGCUAAAGAAGGUUGAAAGUUAGUUUAGAAAUGGGAAGAUUUCAUCUUGUCUUAAGCUUUUGGUUGGUGGAGAUUCAUUAGUAUGAAGUGAACAAAUGGUAUUAGGCCCAGUAAUUUAUUAACCCUCUGGUUGAUGGUAAGAACUACAAGUGUAACUAAGUUGGGUUGGUUGAGCCAAUAUGUUAGUCCAACAAAAUAAAAGACCUAAUUCUAACUUCUUAAAACAAACACAAAUUGACCAUAACCAACUAGAAAAACCAAAAUCAAUCAAAUCUGUUAAAAUCAAACCAACCAUUGCAAUAAGAAAGUGAACCAAACAACAAUAAUCAACCUAUUGAAAUUGAACCAAGGCCACUAGACCAAGUUGAGCUCGAGAAGUUUUGAUGACUCAAGGUUUAUAUUAGAAAAAAGAGAUCCUGAUUAUCUUAUUUGCUCCAACAAACUAGCAUGGUUCUAUAAUUAAAGCAAUUUGGUCAACGUUUCCAUGUCUACACCGUGUGUGUGAGAUACAACACAACUUAAAGACUUAAUCUAAAAUCUGCAAUUGUUUAUAACUGUAAAAGAAAAGUCAAGACCUAAUCUAGUAGGCAAUGGCAACUAAAGAUGCUUUUCAGAUGAGGAUACCCAUUUGACCUCAACAUAUAUCAUUUUUUAAAGAACAAACAUCAACACACCAGUAUUAUCAUUUAAAAUUACAGCUAAAUAUUCUUCUAAAUGUGAGGCUAGAUCAAACUUUAUGGGCUUAAAUUAAGAUAUUCGAACAAUGAUUACAUUCAGUGUUUUUAUAACCUCUACAUGCUUAUUAACAAAGUAUUUGGAUUGGUCAAACCUCAAUCAAAAAGAAUAUCCAAACCCUAUAGAACCCAAUUAGCACAGAAUGACAGAUGUGUAUAUAUAUAUACAACAGAACUCUGCAGCAGAAAGUUUCCACCUUACCAGCCUGUCUUGGCUUCAUUUAAAUGCAAGAGCUUGGCAUUAUUUAAGCUUCCUACAAUACCUGCUUGCUCCUCAUAACAAACAAAAACUUAUAAUAUUUCUAAGCAUGUCAAGUCAAACCCUUUCACUAAUCACAAUUCUGAAUCAGCUACCCACUUUUCAAAUCACUGUAUUAUUGUUUUAAUUGUCUUCAUGGUUGCUUUUCCAAGUGACAGAAAUCAACCCACUAAUGAUUGAAACUAAAGACAAUAAAGUAGAAGUUUUGACUAUUUGUAUCUUUCUUUUUUUAGUUAAACAAUUAUAAGGUAGGCGAAAGAAUCAUUCACAUUUGAAAUGAUAAUUGAUGUCUUAUCUACUAAACUAUAUUUAGAUUGAUAUUUGCAUCUUUCUUUUUAAGGAAUAUAAUUAUCCACCUAUGGAGUAUAGGCUAGCUAGCUAUAGACAAAUUAGUAGACAAACAUGUCUGUAUCUAAGGCCUCAGUGGAACUCCCCAUUUUAGACAUUUCUCAGCCUUUGUCUCCUUCUUCUCUUUCUUCACUAGCCGAUGCUUGCAAAAAAUGGGGGUUUUUCCACAUCAAAAACCAUGGGAUCUCCAAAGAAAUCUACGACAAACUCCAUUCCUUCUCCAAUGAGAUUUUCAGCCUCCCUUUAGAAACCAAGCUCAAAAUUGGCCCCCUCUCUUCCUUAAACACUUACACACCCCAUUUCAUAGCCUCCCCAUUCUUUGAAACCCUCAGAGUCUCUGGUCCAAACUUCUUAGCCUCUGCUCAGAAUUCAGCAGAAUUCCUCUUUAACCAAAAGAGCUCUCACCAGUUCAGUGAGAUAUUGCAAGAAUAUGGAGAAAAAAUGACAGAGCUAUCAAGGAAAAUUAUAAAGAACGUACUGCUGAGCUUUGGUGAAGGUUUUGAGAAGAAAUACCAUGAACCCCAUUUCAAGAAUUGCCAUGGAUAUCUGAGAAUAAACAACUACACACCUCCGGAAACCUUGGAAGACGAUGAAGAAGCAGAAGGACUUGGAAUGCAUACAGAUAUGAGCUGCGUGACCAUUGUGUACCAAGAUCAAACAGGUGGUCUGCAAGUGAAAUCAAGCGAAGGGAAAUGGGUUGACAUAAACCCAUGUGAAGAAUCAGAAGCACUGGUGGUGAAUAUUGGCGACUUGCUUCAAGCUUGGAGCAACGACAGGCUGAGGUCGUCGGAGCACAGAGUGGUUUUGAGGCGGCCGGCGAUCAAUCGAUUCUCGAUUGCUUUCUUUUGGGGUUUUGAGGACGAGAAGGUGGUGUCAGCGCCAAAGGAGUUGGUCGGAGAGGGCGGUAAGAGGAUGUAUAAGCCAUUUGUCUGCUCGGAUUAUUUGAAGUUCAGGGAGAAUGAUGAAAGAGGGAAAUUUGAAAAGGUUGGUUUCACCGUGAGAGACUUUGCUGGGAAAAUAAUUAAUAAAUGAAUUAAUCACAUUGUUUGUUUGUUUUUUUUUUUUUUUGUUUUUUUUAUAAAUAUUUUUGCAAAUUUCAUUCCCAAAUUUUAGAAAUUCUUAUAGACAGAAAAAAGAAAAAUCAAAAUCAAAAUCCAA